AUGCUGGCGUAUUGCCGUAGCCCAACGUUACACGGGUUUCUACGGCAGUUACAGUUGAUUUACAGUGAGUUUUUUUAAACUCUUAGGUUUAAAUAGUUCUGUGCCUCAUUACAAAACAAUUUUUUGAAAUGUGGAAGCACAGAGCUAUUUGAACAACCAAAAAUUACGACUAUAUUUAAGUAUGACAUUUUAACUUAAUUUUUUUUAAAAUUUAAAUUGAUACUGCUAUAAAGCGCCUCGGUCAGCGUAUUUUACCUCUCAUAACCCUUAGAUCAUCACUACCUUCAACUCUUAUCACUAAUUUUCUCAACCAUAUUAUUAUCAUCUUCAACAUCAGCAGCUGUACAUUCACUACCCCUAAGUCGACAUAGUAGACAUCGUUUACAGUGUAUGACCUGCGUUAUGGUACCUGGUGAUACAACGCAGUUGGAUCAAUUCAGAGUACGGCAAAACUUAAUAGAGCCUUGGUGCGAAAUGGAACCAGUGGAAUGUGCUCCACAACAGGACACUUGUGUUACGGUUUCUAUGCAGGUAACUUACUUUUUAUAAUGAAAAAACUAGGUGGGACAGACAAUAAGUAUGUUUUUCUUGGGAGGGGUUUGGGCGGGGUAAAAUUGUUUAGUAUUUUUUGUUUAAAGGAGAAAAAGGCAAUUGGCUAAGAUGGUCAAGACAGGUUCUAAGCUUUGAAAAAGUUUUUAAAUGUGGAUAUUAUUGGCUAGGACUCGAGCUAGAACUGUACCAGCUAAAAAUAGAGUUAUUACUCAAGCUAGGGCUGGGUAAGGUGAGAAACGGAUUGGCCUUGAGUUAAACCAAGGCCCAGACCGGCUCGAAACACCGACCAGUUUGCACGUAAAAAGAGGUGGCUAAGUCUAAACCUGAGGCCCCGGGCUUAGGACGGGCCUCAAAAGUGAACCCGGCUUGGCUCGGUUCUCACCCUCAGGGCUAGGGUUCUGGGCUAGGGUUCUGGGUUAGAGCUUUGGGCUAGGGUUCUAAACUAAGGCUCUGGGCUAGAGCUCUGGGCUAGGUCUUUGGGCUAGGGCUCUGGACUAGGGAUCUGAGCUAGGGCUUUGUGUUAAGGAUCUGGGUUAAGGCUAUUUUUAAAUUCAAUUUUUAAAGUGUUGAAUUUGUAAAAAUUUUUUCAGGUAGCCUCCCGCCGUUUCUGGAUGGGCGCAGGCUGUGACCAACGCGUCAACUAUGAUAUUCCUGCUGAUCGUGAUGGUUGUGCUGAGCUUCAGACCUUUACUAGAAACAUUCAGCCUGGUUAUAUGGAGGAGCGACGAGCUAUUCAACAAGUUUGUCUUUGUUCUACUCCUUUAUGUAAUAGCAGUCAAGGUAAAAACUUGUCAUAUCUUUUGGUCGUUUUAGGAUUACUAGCAGUUUUUAGGAUACGAUAG